AAAUUGUUAGUAUUGAAAUGUCCGACUCAGACAGUGUUUUGGAAGAAUUGGCUUUAGAGCCCAGCAUACCAUUGUUAUCCUUGUCCGAGUUUUAUGGUGGCAAUCAGUUGCCCUCGUGGAACAUACCCAAUUGGGACUUAAUGUUGAAGAAAAGCGUUUCCGUGGCACCGUUAUUAUUAAAGAUUUGGAAGCAGAACGAUGCAAUGGAUCUGAUAUUGAAAUUGGGCACAAGGCAGUUGCGUUGUAAUCGCUUGAGAUUAAUGUGUCACUCGGAGUACGCAUUAAGGGAACUGGUAAAUGGCAGAAGGGAGCUGGAGCUACCUGAGGAUCGAGUGACUUGGGAGGGUCUGGAGCGUGUCUGCAAGUGGAUAAAAGAACCGGAGGCAUUGCUGGAACGUCGUCACAUUAUGAUGCUGCUGUCGGCGGCAAUAUUCCUGGAGAUGAAUGAUUUGGUCAAGCAAAUAUGGUAUUGCCUGGACUUGGCCAAUCAGUUCCAUGACGAUCAGGCAUUUGUUAUCUCUCAGGAGGCAUUCAAUCUGCGCUCUAAUCUUCCUGUUUUGGGUCUGGACAAAUCCAUGUUGGGCCGUAUCGAAUGUUUCUUUCUCACACUCGUUGCUAGCAUGGAAUUUGUGCAGCUGCCUGUUGACCACAUUUGUUGCCUCUUCAACUCGGAUCGCAUAGCGGUUAACAGCGAGAAGGAGGUUUUCUUUGCCGCCAUUCGUUGGCUAACACACGACUGGCCAAAUCGGGCUAAACAUGUUCUGGCCAUCAUGCAAAAUAUUCGCCUUGUACUGUUACCCCAGAAGUUCCUUCUAGACUUACGCGAGUCCACAGAUGAGGAAUUACUUAAUCCAAUCAUUCCAUUACCCGAUUUUCAGCAAAUUAUCAGCGUGGCCUGCUCAGAUCAGACCUUUUUAUACUCUGAUGAUGGCUCUAUAUUUCAUGGAUAUCUCUACGAUAGCUUCAAAAUGUCGAUGCCCGUGCGUCGUCCUUUUAUCUGUCACGAUUUGUGCUUAUAUCACAAAUCAUACACCGAUGAAUUCCUCGGUGAUUUCACCUACAAGCAGUUUCUUUCCUAUUUGCGAGUCCUUCAAAAUGACAAAAGCUCCUGGAAAUUAUUAAAGGCAGAGCAAGUUGACUCUAAGAUCAAUUGACAAGCCUGCGAGGUUCGCUUAAACAAUUUCUACAAUUUUAUAUACAUUUUUUAAUUUUUAAUGUAGAAUGAAAAUUUUUUGAUAAA